AUGACUUCGGAAUCGACGGCGGAAGGAAUUGACUCACCGACUAAGAGGAGAAUCAGAGUUUAUGUUUCUUCAGCUGAGGAUAUGGGUGGUAGGGAUACUUCAAAGGAACUGGGUGGUAGACUUUUGUUACCAGAUGGUCUGGACAGUGUUGUCAGUACUUCAGUAGAGGUUCGAAGGAACUUUUUGUUAGCUGACGGUCAGGAGAGGGGUGUGGGUACUGCAGUGGAGGCUAGAAAAAGAGUGAAGGAUACAUUAAUGUCUUUUAGUACCGAGUGUUGUAGACUCAUGCAAAAGGGAGACCGGAGGUUUCAUGACACUGCCUAUCAUAUUGUGAAAAACAGAGGACAGUUUGUCAAUACAGACAAGAUUUUUGGAAAUGUCCCAGGAGUGAAAGUGGGUGACAAGUUUCGGUAUAGGGUGCAACUAAGAAUGAUUGGUUUACAUGCCCCUCUGAUGAAUGGGAUCGAUUAUCGCAAGUAUCGGGGUAAGCUGUAUGCUACUAGUAUUGUGGCUUCUGGUGAUUAUGAAGAUGAGCUGCAGGAAAGGCAUUCAAUUGUUUAUGUUGGUCAAGGAGCAGGUGCGAAGAUUAAUCAAGUGCUUGAAGGGGCUAAUUUGGCUUUGGCUAAUAGUAUUGAUCUUCAGAAUCCUGUGAGAGUGAUCCGGUACUUCAUGUCUUUGAAUAAAAAGAGGAUUUUUUACUACGAUGGGCUCUACAAAGUGCAAAGCUAUCGGGAAGAGAGAGACCACAAUGGCAAAAGUGCAUACAAGUUCAAGCUCCACCGAGAUGAUGAAAGCUAG